UAAAGAAUGUGUAUACACCCUUUGGAAAUCCAGUUUGUCACAUUUUAUGAAUGGCUGAAUUCCGAGAACGUUCAGCAGGAUUAGGAAGUUGACAUCAUGUGUCGGCUUGACUUAUUACUGAGUGGAAGCCGCGAGGUUAAAAGAGGAUAACACAAGUGUCAUAUUUAAAUCCUUUUGAAAAAAAAUAGAUAAAAUCUUACUAAAUUUAGACGAUAGCAGGCACAUUUUAAUGUCAAAAGAUGUCAAAAACGGGAGCUGAUCUGCCACUUGUAGUAGCUGCGUCACAAUUGGGAAAUGCUUCCAUGAAAGGUUAUCUGGAAAAGAAGAGACCAAGUAAAAAGUUACUGUCUAUAAAAUAUCAGCGAAGAUGGUGUUUGGUUUACGGGAAUUUAUUUCUGUACUAUGAUUCUCCUGAUGAUAAAGCACAGAAAGGUGGAUUUUCCUUAGAAAGUUAUAGGUUUUUACAUAGUCCAGGGCACAGUCCAUUCGGGUUUUCUUUAGUCAGUCAACAUAAACGAAAAUUCGAGUUCAUGGCUCCUAGCCAAGAUGAAUACAUAAAUUGGGAGAAAGCAAUUAAGAAAGGAAUUUCACUUACUCGGAGAUCAAAAGAACCUUUAAAGGUAAAACCACUGCAUACAAGCAAAGAUGACCAGGAUCUGAAUAAAAAACAUGCAAAUUUAGAAAAGAUGUCUACGAUGCCAAAUAUGAAAAUUCCUGAGCGGCCGAGAAUUCCUCCCAGUAUAUAUAGCAGUAGUCCUUACAGCGUUGGGACCAAAACUUUCCCUGAAUCAACGAAAACACAGACUAAUAAUGUUACCUAUUCACCUAAAAUACAAGAGAGAAAGGCGAUGCAGGAGGCAGUCAAAUAUGAUAUAUACAAUAAGGGAAACAAAACAUCAGGUAGUGAAAGUGAUUCUGAUAGUGAUGGAGACGGUUACAUAAAAACUGCAAAAUUAAACCUUCCAAAGACUCCAAUAAAACGCACAGAAAACACGCCAAUAGACGACACAAAAGAUUACACACAAGAUGACUAUAUGAUAGUGCUUCCAAACAUACCUCCGGAUAAAAGUGUUAAAGCGGAGAGUCCUUACGUUGAGUUCAAGUCAGAUGAAACUGAUAGUAAAAUGGAUGGAACAAUUGAAAAAUUAUACUGCAGUGUAAAAAAACCUUCUAUUGGAACAAUACAGCAGAUAUCCGAAUCGGACUAUGCGCUUGUAGAUCAUUCUCUUCUGAAAGACGAAGACAAUAACGAGGUAACUACAAGAAAUCCAGCUAUUGGAUUCAUUCAACAGCGGUCUGAAUCAGAUUAUGCCUCUGUUGAUCAUUCUGUUUUGAAAAGCAAAGACGAUGUUGUUAAAGGUUCUAGAAACCCUGGCAUUGGUGCAAUUAAACAAAGGUCGGAGUCUGAUUAUGCUUCAGUUGAUUGUGUAACUGUUCUUCAUAGACAAACCCCUCCGUCUAGAAAAGCUGAACAAAAAUCUAAUUCAGGAUAUGUUACCGUUGAUCACUAUGGAUUGGUCAACAAUCAGGAGAAUGACGAAGCAGAUUCCGAUGAUGACUAUGUUAACCCACAUACUGUUGUUGAUUAUACUAGCUUGAACAAUAUGCAUUUACCGCAAAAAAAAGUGCAACCCGUGUCAUCUUCGUCUACAGAAUCAGAAUCCGAUGAUUCUGACGAUUACAUGACGCCGGUAUGUCCGCUUAAAACCACGACAAACAACAAUAAGCAGGUCGACGAAAUGAGUUAUUUAAGCAGUGAAUCCUCAGAUACAGAUGACCAGCUGUCAGAUCAAGCAUCAGUACCCAUUAUUGUUGAUAAAGUAUACGAUCCUAUUUAUGAAAAUUUUGCGUAGUGAAAUAAGAUAGUUUUUGAAUACGGGCAUGACAUAAUUACAAAACAUGUGCAUUGGAAAGUUGUACAAACAUGUAAACCCUUAAUCAGCUUAUGCUUCUCAUAUAUGUACAUGUAUGAGUUAAAUGUGUCAUAUGUACAUGUAUGAGUUUAAUAUGUACAUGUACGAGUUAAAUGUGUCAUAUGUACAUGUUUGAGUUAAAUGUGUCAUAUGUACAUGUACGUGUUUUAUGUACUAUAUUUAUUAAAGUUUAAUGUUCAUCAUUCCAAUGCAUUUAAUAUACAAAUCUCAUCAAAGAUACCAGGCUUUUAUCUUGGUACGCCAGACGCGUAUUUCGUCUACAUAAGACUCAUCAGUGGCGCUCGAAUCAAAACAAAGCAAGGCCAAGUCAAAUAUUACAAAAUUGAAGAGAAUUAAUAACCGAAAAUUUUGAAAAAUUGUGCUAAAUACGUCUUGGCAAUCUAUAUGUUGAGGUAGAAAAUGAGUUUUGAAUAUUUUGAAAACAGUAAAUUUACAGAAAAUGAACAAUUCACCCCCCGGUUUGGCAGGGUUCGUGUUGUUCCGUAUUUAGUAUUCUAUAUUGUGUUUUGUAUACUUUUUUUUUUUUUUUCUUUUUGGUCGUUUUUCAAUUAUUUUUUUUGGCCAUUUAGGUGUCAGUUUGUCUUCGACUUAUGAGUUUGAAUAUCCCUUUGGUAUCUUCCGCCUCUUCUUUUCCUGUCAGCACAAUGGAGUAUUGAAAAUUAAACAGUCUUAAGCUUCCAUUAGUGUCAUUUUACACGGGUGACUAAGUUUUUAAAAUAUAGGAAGAAGGAUGACAGAAUGCCAAGGAUUCAGUUCAGUGUGUCAAGUGUUACGCAUCUAAAAAUCUGGAGUGCUCACACAGACCCAGCAUGACUGGAUCAAAAACAGAGUAUUUUACAGUAAAAGACCUUAAACCAAAACUUCAACCCGAUACGGGAUGUAUGAACCAUUGGAUGAACAUAAGAACAACCGAAUGCACAGACCGGAAAACAGAACUACAGAAGAUGGAGCAUAACAUCCAGUGAAAAAACCUAUAGUUUGUAUGCAGUAAUUAACCAUUACAAUGAGGUCAAGGACAACAGACAUAUGCUAGACUUAUGACCAUGAGACAUUUGCACACAAGAUAAAUAUUAUUUCUGUAAGUAUCUAACAUGAUUAACAUUUCUGCAUUCUGACCUAAGAAGUUUUAUACAUGAAGCUAUUGCCAAUGCUGCCAGAGGACAGACAAUAAACCUAGCUAUAAGUCUUUUGGCUUAAUGUGAAAAGAAAUACAAUAUAAUACAGAGAACAUUUAUAUGAUAAUAUUUUGAUUUUAACAAAUGUAUAUUAAAUCUCUGUACAACAAAAAAAGGUAUUGAGGCCAUUCAUUUUUAUUAUUUUGAUUUUAACAGAUAUAGAUCAAAUCUCCAUACAACAAUAUCAAGACUGGUCAAACAAAUUCUAACUGAAUAUAAAACAUGGAACAUAAAUUUACUUUUACAUUGAUACAAGAAAUAUUUACAAUUGCAGGAUAUAAUUUACUAUAGAUAUUGAAAUCUGAAAUCAAACAAACACACUAAAUAUUGUUUAUAUUAAGUUCAUAACAAACCAGUAUUUUUAUUUUUAAAAGAAUGGAAGUUAUUCAUAAAGUAGUAGUACAUUAUAAUAAUAAUUUUAAGGUUUUAUACAGUUCAUUUUUGUAUUCUUUAAAAUUGCUAAAUUAGAAUAAGAGAGAAAGUCAACAGGCAUAAUAAAAUAUUCUUUUAAACCAUCUUUUCCAUUUUUAAAUUUACAGAAAAUGCAAACAGAUUUACUUAAAAUUUUGGUUAAUAUUUUAUUUUCUAUAAACCAGUAGACAUUUACAUCUACACUAUAUACAUAUAUCCUGUAUCAGAUAUUUGUAGCUGAAUUGACCAAAUGCACUUAUUUUUAACCAAAUGAUAUAACUUUAUUUGUAGUAUAUAACUUUUUAUAAAUAUAACAUGCCACCAACAGUCAUUGUAAUAAUGGACUGUAAAUCUCAAAGGGUAUCAUCCUACAAACAGCCAUUUUAAUGAUAUUGUUUUGUAAUGACAUUGUUUUUGAUUUAUUUCAUACAUUUUUAGUAUUUUUUUUCCAACAA